CUGGCGGGGUGCGCACCAUGAACGUGUUCCGCAUCUUGGGGGACCUGAGCCACCUCCUGGCCAUGAUCCUGCUACUGGGCAAGAUCUGGAGGUCCAAGAGCUGUGCGGGCAUCUCGGGGAAGAGCCAGGCCCUGUUCGCCCUCGUCUUCACCACCAGGUACCUGGACCUGUUCACCAACUUCAUCUCCAUCUACAACAGCGUCAUGAAGGUGGUUUUUCUCCUCUGUGCCUAUAUCACGGUGUACUUCAUCUAUGGGACAUUCCGGAAGACUUUCGACCGUGAGAACGACACAUUCCGAGUGGAAUUCCUUUUGGUCCCUGUCAUCGGCCUUUCUUUCCUGGAGAACUACAGCUUCACUCCCCUGGAGAUCCUCUGGACAUUCUCCAUCUACCUGGAGUCUGUGGCCAUCCUGCCCCAGCUCUUCAUGAUCAGCAAGACGGGAGAGGCAGAGACCAUCACCACUCACUACCUGUUCUUCCUUGGGCUGUACCGGGCCCUCUACCUGGCUAACUGGAUCAUGCGGUACCAGAUGGAAAAUUUCUACGAUCAAAUCGCAGUGGUCUCAGGAGUUGUACAAACCAUUUUCUACUGUGACUUCUUCUACUUGUACGUCACCAAAGUCCUUAAAGGAAAGAAGUUAAGUCUUCCAAUGCCCAUCUGAGGCUGAUGUUUUGCCCAGAGACAGCAAACCAUCUUGCUUCCCAGUGAUUUAUUCUUGACUGGCUAAUAACGGAAAUUGCUCAACGUGGAUCUCAGU